AUGAAGAAAAUUACCAAAAAGUUAUCGACAAAGUACGUGAAGCUCCACAAGAGCCGGCUCCGUCAAGACGGGUCAAUGAAGUCGGAGGAGGACGGUGGAGAGCUUUUCCGAGGAAAUCAUUCGCCAGAAAAUGAAGAAAGUAAUGAAAAGGAGACACCUAUGGUUACAAAGAUUAUGGAGUCCAUGCAUCGUAAACUGACGCUAAAAGAGAAACCAAGUAAAAAGAAUAUCUACGUGGACGGUCACGACGACCAGCUUGAAGGUUCGGUUAGAAACAUGAAAAAGCGUGGUGAUAUGGAUCAGCAUGUAGACUCAGUUACACAUGGUCAUAUGGAUCAUCUUGAAGAUUUGAUUAAGGGUCGUGAUCAUAAAGACCAAUCUGAAGGAUCCACUAGGAACGGUGCUCGUCAUGACCGUGUAGACCAGCUCGAAGGAUCUAACAAAAACGGUAAGAUAUCUCAGCUUGAAGACGUUACUACUACGCCAAGCUGUCAUGUAGAUCAAUCAGAAGGGUCAACUAAGAAUCCUUCUGAUUUUGCUUCUAAAAAAGAUUAUCUUGAUUGGAUUGAAUAUGUGGAAGGAUCUAGUCAUCAUUGUUUCGAUCGAUCUGAACAACCUUAUAAAAAGGACAACAUCGACCAUGAUCAGACAAGCGUUGGUGUAACAGAUGGAUCGAUUGAGGGGAAUAAUGAUGACAAUAUGUUACUCAAGAGCUCUAAGUAUAGAAAAAGUGUUGACGAUUUGAAAGGGUAUAAGAAAGGAAAAGGUAGAAAGGUCAAAGAUUCAUUGAAAAGUCAAAUGGUUGACUAA